AUCAAUCGUCGUUGUUCAAAAUGAAAACAAUCACUUUUGUUACUGGCAAUGCUAACAAAUUGAAAGAAGUAAAAGAGAUCUUGAACGCACCUUUACUAAACAAAUCAUUGGAUUUACCUGAAUUACAAGGUAACUCUACACAAGAGAUCGCUAAGCAGAAGUGCAAGAUAGCCAGGGAUACUAUCAAAGGUCCUGUCAUGGUUGAAGAUACCGCACUCUGUUUUGAAGCACUCAAUAACCUCCCAGGUCCAUACAUUAAGUGGUUCUUAGAAUCCAUAGGACACGACGGAUUAAACAAAAUGUUAGUUGGCUUCAACAACACUAGAGCUCACGCUUUGUGUACUUUUGCAUACGCAGAUGAGCAAACAACUGAACCUAUCGUUUUCGAGGGUAGAACAUUCGGGAAUAUAGUACAGCCACGCGGCCCAACUAACUUUGGUUGGGAUCCAAUCUUCCAACCAGACGAGGGUAAUGGCUUGACAUAUGCAGAAAUGGCAAAAGAGGAUAAGAAUAAAAUAAGUCAUAGAUUCCGCGCAUUAGAUGCCCUUAGAGAGCAUCUAAAUUCUUGUACAUAGACAUUCAUCAUGUCAUAUCUUUUCGUAGUUGAUCUCCAGGUUUCUAAUCUAUUACUAAAUAACGCAGAAUCUAAUGUACUAUAGUAUGACUUUAUAAAUGGUUCACUCGCCGU